AUGGACAGACAACCAGUUUAUUCCCUCAACGUACUUCCUCCAGAGUAUGAAAAUGAAGACACUCGUGGACAGGUUCAAAAUCAAUUAGAGCAGUUUAUCCUUCAGUUUCGACUGGAAAAUGCCUUUAUUUACAGAGAUCAAAUUCGAGAGAACGUUCUGAUGAAGCAGUACUUCUGUGAUGUCGACGUUGGACAUUUAAUAUCUUUUAACGAAGAGCUGGCCCAUCGGCUGGUAACAGAACCAGCGGAAAUUAUCCCGUUAUUUGAAGCCGGCUUGAAAAAAUGCACCCACCGUAUCGUGUAUCCCGCGUCGAAGGAUAUAUUUGUCCCUGAACACCAACUUUUGCUCCAUUCUUCGGCGGGAGAAAUAUCGAUCAGAAAUCUCGAUGCCCUUACGAUAUCUCGGCUUGUACGUGUACCUGGUAUAGUCAUAGGCGCUUCAGUUUUGGCAUCAAAGGCUACUGCUCUCCACAUACAAUGCCGAAACUGUCGUCAGGUUAAAGUACUUCCUGUUGCCGGAGGAUUUGCGGGAAUUUCUCUUCCCAGAACAUGUGACCGACAAAAAAUACCCGGGGAAGAUGCCUGUCCUCUAGAUCCAUAUGUCGUGGUUCACGAGAGCUCCCAAUUCGUCGAUCAGCAGAUAAUUAAACUUCAGGAGGCCCCGGAUCAAGUUCCAGUAGGAGAACUUCCUAGGCAUGUUCUCAUUUCAACUGACAGAUAUUUGACGAAUCGAGUCGUCCCAGGCUCUAGGUGUAUGAUAACGGGAAUAUUCUCAAUUUACCAGAAUAAGCAAUCUAAAGGCUCAAAUACUACAUCGGCAGUUGCCAUUAGGACACCCUAUCUUCGAGCAGUUGGUAUUCACAGUGAUGUCGAUCUGUCAUCCAAAGGCAACGCUACAUUUUCAGAGGAAGAGGAACAAGAAUUUCUUGACAUGAGCAGGAGGCCCGAUCUCUACAAUGUUUUAGCAGAUUGUAUAGCACCAUCAAUUUAUGGAAACGAGAACAUUAAAAAAGCUAUCGCAUGUCUCCUCUUCGGAGGCUCCAAGAAGAUUCUUCCCGACGGUAUGAAGUUAAGAGGAGACAUAAAUGUGCUCCUUCUUGGCGAUCCUGGUACAGCAAAAUCACAAUUAUUAAAAUUUGUGGAGAAAGUUGCUCCAAUUGCCAUAUAUACAUCUGGUAAAGGUUCGUCAGCAGCAGGUCUGACAGCUUCUGUUCAGAGGGAUCACACUACUCGAGAGUUCUACUUGGAAGGAGGUGCAAUGGUUCUCGCAGACGGUGGAGUUGUCUGUAUUGACGAAUUUGACAAGAUGAGGGAUGAAGACAGAGUUGCAAUUCACGAGGCUAUGGAACAACAAACUAUAUCGAUUGCGAAAGCAGGAAUUACCACGAUACUAAAUGCAAGAACUUCAGUCUUAGCAGCCGCAAACCCCAUAUUUGGACGCUACGAUGACUUAAGAACUCCUGGUGAAAACAUCGAUUUCCAGACUACAAUAUUGUCCCGUUUUGAUAUGAUUUUUAUCGUUAAAGAUGAACAUGAUCGCGGUCGGGAUGAAAAAAUGGCAAAGCACGUUAUGGGAAUUCACAUGGGUGGUCGUGGGAUGGAAGACAAGGCCGAGGCUGAGAUAAGCGUUGAAAAAAUGAAGCGCUAUAUUAGCUACUGCAAAUCUCGUUGUGCUCCCAGGCUCUCACCUGAAGCUGCGGAAAAGUUAUCAUCUCAUUUUGUCUCCAUUCGAAAACAGGUUCAUACCGCCGAAUUAGAAGCGGACGCUCGUUCUUCAAUUCCAAUUACAGUACGUCAGCUAGAAGCAAUAAUACGAAUUACAGAGUCGCUCGCCAAACUCUCAUUAUCUACGGUUGCUUCUGAGUUUCACGUCGACGAAGCAAUACGUCUCUUUCUUGCCUCAACCAUGGACGCGGUUAAGAUGGGCUCAGGACAUGGAUCAAAGGAAAUAAAUGAGGAAGUGCAUAAACUUGAGGAAGAACUAAGACGAAGGUUACCAAUUGGUUGGUCAACUAGCAUGAGCACUCUCAAGCGAGAGUUAUGCGAAGGAAAGGGAUUUAGCGAAGGCGCUCUAACAAGAGUUUUGGCUGUUCUACAAAGGAAAGAUACUAUCACUAUCCGAGGACAAGGGAGUCAAGUUUAUCGAAGUGGGGCCUAG